GCAAACGAAUCCUGUUUUGUCGGGAGCAAACAGCUCUGGCAUGAAACUGCGGAAACGGUUCCUACCUCGCACGCUGCAGGAUGUGGUGGCGACCACCUUCAUGGCCGCGAUUAUACCAAUCACUUUCUGGUUCGAGGUGUACGUCGUGAUACCGGAAAUCCACGGCGAGGGCUCGUGGAUGAACUGGGCACACUUCGUGCCAGCCGUUGCCCUGCUGUUCAACGUGACCGCCCACAUGCUGGCCACGAUGCUUUGUGAUACUAGCUGCGCCACGGAACUGAUACCGGUGCCCACGGGAGCGACCAGCAAUACCGGUAGCGGCGCCGGCGGCUUGGGCUCGAAGUCGUGGCACCUUUGUGCGACGUGCGAAUUUAUUGCACCACCCCGCUCCUGGCACUGCACGGUUUGCCGGGCGUGCAUCCUCAAACGGGACCACCACUGUGUGUUCACCGGGUGCUGCAUCGGGCACCGGAACCACCGAUACUUUAUCCUCUUCGUACUGUACCUGUUCGUUUCGACCGCGUACGCCAGCGUCCUGAACAACUACUUCAUCUGGUUCGUGCGGGGCGACGAGUUUCGCAACUGGACCUCGCUGGCGAAACUCGUUUUCCCGCUCGCCAUGCUCGUGAUCGACACGUCCACCAAGCAGUACUACCUGGUGAUCUAUCUGAUCAACAUGGUCGGCGUACUGUUUACGGGCGUCCUGAUGAUCUACCACGGGCGGCUCAUCCUAAGCGGGGCGGUCGUCCACGAGCGGAAAGCACCCGAGUACGACCUGGGACGGUGGGCAAACCUGCGGAUGGUGCUCGGCGCUCGCUGGUACCUGGCGUGGCUGUCCCCGUUCGUGCGCAGCGACCUACCGCACAACGGUGUCAACUGGGAGACGCUACAGAAGCAAGCGCUCAAGAGCAAGUGAACCGCACUCGAUCGAAGCGCAAAACACCAGUCCAGUACCAAAGCCCUGGCGUACGCUAUUGUACACACUCUUUGUGGCCACUUUUUGAACUUCUUACUUAGAACUUGU